GGUCGGUCCGGGCGCGGGCGGGCUCGGCUGCUCCUUGAGGAGGGGAAAGGCAAUGGCCUCCGCCGUUAAGAUAAGCUAAAAACGUAAAAGAGCUCCAACAGAGCGGCAGCGGUAUUUGGCGGAGGAGGAGACAGCAAGUAAGUGCCACCGGCUGCCAGCAGCCCCUCGGCCGCCCUGCCGGUGCUGGCAGCGUGAAACUCAGGUUCCUCCCCUCGGCCAGAGUCUUCGGGCGCCCCCGGGCGUACCUGCUCAGCCAGGCUUCGUGUGUUGUCACCAGACGGAAACGUCUUCAUCCAAAUAAGCCAGUAUAAUAGUUUGUCGAAACAGACACAGUGAUCGUCCCUUUGAGACCCUCUGUGUCAAUCACGGCAACAGAAGAGCUGCUGCAUGCAAUGAUUGUAUGUUCUUAAGAGCUUACCCAUGUAAUUCCUGUGGAUGAAAACUUGCUUAUGAACUCUGUCACUUUUCCCCGGUGCCAGACGUACAGGAUUACUUUUGCCGUGUUCAACCUCCACUAAAAGGAUAAAGCCCAGCCAUGUGGGCAGGGCUGGGGCUAGUUCUGGCACUCUGUCUCCUUCCAGGAGGAGGGACAGAGGUCCAGAACUGCAAGGAGCCCCCAGAAUGGCAUAUAGGGGAGGAGAACCCAAUGCUGAACUCCAGGGGCUCCGUGACGGUAGUGGCUCUCCUCCAAGCUAGCUGAUACUUGUGCCUGCUGCAGGCUUCCAGAUUGGAGGACCUGCGAGUAAAGUUAGAGAAUGAAGGACUGGUUAACAUCUCGUAUGUGGUUGUCAACCAUCAGGGAACUUAUUCCCAGAGGAAAUUUCACCUGCUGAAAGAAAGUGUGUCAGACUAUAUUACUGUCUACCAGCAAGAUGAACAGCAAGCUGAUGUCUGGACUACCUUAAAUGGAAACAAAGAUGAUUUUCUCAUCUAUGACAGAUGUGGCCGUCUAGUGUAUCAUCUGGGUCUGCCCUAUUCCUUCCUGUCUUUCCAAUACGUAGAAGAAUCUAUUAAGAUUGCAUACUGUGAAAACAAGUGUGGAAACUGCUCUUACACGAAACCCGAUACUGAUGGUGUAUGUGAAAACAUCACUAAAAGAGCAGAUGAAAAGCUGGCAGAGAUGCAACCCAUACCAACUGGUCAACACUCACAUCACCACAGCCUGCACAGACAUGGGCAACACCACCACCGUCGUGAGGGCAGUCGUCACUCCAAAAACGAGAACCAUCAGGCUCCUUCUGAAACUCAAAGACAUCAUCUUCACGGCGGUCGGCGUCAUAGAGUUUUUGACCAUAACAGACAUGGGCAGACAGGUAGUCAUGAACAGGUAGACACUGUUCCUCCAGGAGAAAUUGUGGAAAUUACACAAGAUAAAAAGCUAUGAAAAAAGGGGAAAACCAGCUGUAAAAACCAGCUAACUUGAAAUUGGCAGACAGCAACAGACUCAGCUUAUAGUAACUGAUGCUGUCAUUGUCGACACCUUUUGUUUGAAGAGCUAGGAAAUUCUGUCACUUGACAGUGUCGUGGAGCACUUCCAAAUUCUUGCAGGUGACGUGGCCAGCUGUCAGCAGAGGACAUCACUGAAUCUUGACAGUGACGUCUGCUCACCGCUGCCUGACAGUCACCAGCAGCAGGAGCAAGUGAAACGAGCGACACCUGACAGUGACAGGAAAAGGCAAGAAACUGAGCCUGAAAAACAAACUAAGCACCUUAAAAAUGCAAGGGAGUCCCACUACCUGAAUUUGUAUAGUUGCGAGAGUGGCAAAAUUAACAGAUUUGUUUUUAUUGCCCCCAAUUCAAAAUUAUACUGACAGGUGUGUAGAGUUAAAAUAUCACAGACUAGACUUUUAGAGCAGUGCUCUCAGAAUUACGCAAUACCUGUCAAAUUCCAUCAGUGAAAAGCUUUGUUAUUUAAAGGAAUUUCAUUGAUCUGUAGUUUGUUUUUCAGUUGCACUUGGAAGGUGUCUGCAUUUUUGAUUAACUUGCCUUUCUUGUUUCUCUUCUAACAUUCUUCUUGCAUUUGUGAGGACAGGAGCAUAAACUAUGACCUAGGGGCUCCUGUCUGAUGUUUUGCAAUCAAGAAUAGAAGAUAACCAAAAGAGAUAUUUUAAUCAUUUUUUAUUAAGAAGGUAGACUGUAUUCAAAAGCUGUUUGGUUUUUGUUUGGUUGGUUUGUGGUUGUUUUUUUUUUUUUUUUUUUGUUGUUUUUUUUUUUUUUUCCCUAACCUAGAGAUACAAAUUAUGUACAAGAAAAGCUUAUUCCUAAGCAAUGUGCCAAAAUAACCUUUUAUCUCAAAUGUAACAUACAAGCAGUAAUUGAAUUAUUUUAAAGCAACAGAUUUGUAUGUUUAGCUUUUGUGGCUUAGAUACGGUAUCAGGGUCCAUUAAUACAUACUAUUACAGCUUGUAAAAUCCCACUAAGUCAAUAAAAUUGUGCCUGAAGUUAACAACUCUUCAUGUAGAAUCAGUAUCAGAAUCAAAAAGAGGGAGGGACAGAACAAAUUUAAUCUGGGUUUAAUGUUUAUUGUUGUUUAUAACAGUGCUGAAUUUGAUAAAUCUGUAACGAUUAGCCAGGUAAUAUACCACUUAAACAUGUAUAACUUCUCUGUGUGUGGCUUAGCUUUCAUAACUUUUGAUUAACUGAGUUGAAGUAAAAUUACAGUUGUUUGAAGGAUUCCUGGAUGAAGAAAAGAAUAUUCAAGAAAGGAAAACUGCUUUGAAAGUGUACACGAUAAUUAAUGAUGGUUUAAUAGGGAAAUUAUUACUCCUGUGAAACCUGAGUCUUUUUAUUGUGAAUGUUAAUUAGCAAGAAAGUAGCCUUGGAUAUAUACAGAACGCAUGCCUCUGGAUUAUUUGACGAGGGUGUUUUCAAUAAAAAAUAUUGCAUAUUUCAUCA